AUGGGAAUAUACGACCAGAGCGUAUUUGCUGAUGUUGGUGGGUUCCAUAAUUUUUGCCGACAAGACCUUUACGCUUGUCGAGUCCCGAUACCUCCUACUAUUUACGGACUUAGACAGAUUAUCAGGAUACAAUUGGGGAGUUGCUGUGUUGGUUACCCUUUACAAUCAUCUUGGAGAUGCUUCUAUGUUCAGUUGCAAGCAUCUUGGUGGUUAUCCUACUCUUCUAUAGUGCUGGAUUCACAAGUAUUUUCCAACACUUGGAAAAGGGGAGAGAAUUGGAUACCAGCGCAAAAUUGUGGUCUCCCUCGAGCGAUAAGAUGGUCCUAUAAGCAAGGAGUCCUGAAGGUGGAUGAGUUGCGACCUGUUUUGGACGAGAUGACACCUGCUGACAUCAUCUGGCAGCCGUUCGAGGAUCAUAGAGUAUGGUGUCAAUUUGAUGAGAUAUGUCUGUAUAGGGGAUGUCGGAAAUGGGGUGACGUCAUUGUUCUAUAUUUUCCUGAAAGAUGUAUACAUCAAUUUGGAUACAAGCAAUAUACUCCACCCCCACCUCCUGAUUACAUGAUGGCUGAUGAUAUUGAUGUUGAUUGGAUUGGUUACCAUCACAGUGUCUUUACUGUGAUUCGUCCGACAUCACUGACCACCACCCCAUCUGAGAUAGAUUAUGGAUAUCUUGAGUGGUAUUACCGUGUUUCACAUCCUCGUUUGAUACCGCCCCGUUAUGAUACGCCAAGAGAGAUAUGGGUUUCUCUUUACGAUGCAAGACCAUUUGAUCUUAGUUGGGCUCGUGUUUCGACAUUGAUUCAUCGUUAUCUCCGACAGGUUGAUGCCGAAGAGGAUGAUCCACAGUUUGCUGAUUUAUUUGAAGCUUUACGUAUUUCUCGUUCACAUUGA